UUUCAACGCCACGGUAACGCUCCAGCACCCAUUCAAAGGGUUGGUUUUCGCCAGGGAUUUUUCGCACGAGUGUAACACCCUGGGUACUUUGUCGAACUCGGUUACCGUAAGUCUCUCGACUUCGGGCUGCGGCAUCCGCUUGAGCUCCAGAAUCAACGAAAACUCCCACAAGGAAAUGGUCUACAGCGUGGUCUUAGUGGCACAGCAAGAUCGUCACCUACGACAAAUCGCCGACCAAGAAAAGUACCUGGAGUGCGUCGUCGAAGACGACGCUUUUUCAAUCAAAAGCAACUCCGUAGCCCAAGCGCUUAAAACAACUCUAUUGGAACGCACCAACAAAAACCAAAGAAGCGGUAGAAUGAAGAAAGAAGACACCAAAGACCUGGUGGGUGAAGAAAUGAACGAAGCGCUCUCUGCGUCUCGUGCCUGGAUGGAAAUCACCCCCGAAGACCAACUCCACAAGUUCACUGACACCCUCAAAGUCGGCGAGUCAGCGAUCCUCACCCUCAAAUCAACCCUACCCUCUGGAAUCGGCUGGAAAGUCGUUGAGUGCGUCGCUCACGAUGGUCUAGGAGACUCCUCCCAGAGGCUCCUAGACGAUGAUGGGUGCCCCAUCGACGAACUGCUACUCCCAUCGCCGCAGAUGGGUCCCGUUCAGGCGAUUUCGCUCAUGAAGCACCAAGAAGCUUUUGCUAAGUUUGCUGCCUUCAAGUUCCCGGAUCGAGAUAGGUUGCAUCUGUCGUGCUACUUGGAGUUGUGUCGAGGUUCUUGUCCUAAUGUGGAUUGUGGGGCGAAGAGUGAAGGUUUGGAGAAUCGUUUGGGGAGGACUUUGGCCAAAGGGACUCAAGGGGAGGUUCUGGAUAGGCUGAAGGUGUUCAAUAGCGUCGAGGUUCUGGCACCAGCGAUCGACGAUUUGAGGAAAAGUGACAAUUUGCAAAUUAGUGAACCGGAAACCUUCCCCUUCACGAACCUCCCCGGCGACAGAACGUUCUGCGUGUCUCCGGAUAAAAUCGCCAUUACUUUCUGUGUGCUAGGAAUCGUCUUCCUGUGUGCCGUCGUGGUGGCGGCCUUGGCCCUUAUCAGAGGCCGAAAGGGCGGAAACGAGGGCCCUUUUUACACAAGGAGUUUAUUUUCUAGCAGCAGCGGCGGCUCGGCGUACGGGAGCAAAUUGUUGCUGCAUGAAAGCCCGUGUUUAGGGCAGCCGCCGACGAGGAGGAUGCCCUACGGAAGAAUACUGUAGGGCUUCUACUAUUUAUUUUUUGUAUAUAUUAUAUGGGGGGUAAUUGGUGGGUUGGGGCUUCAGUUUGUCUGACUUUUUCAAGUUCCGGUGUCUGUUUAGUGUUAGAUAGGGUACCUAGGGUUUUUAAUAGUAGGAACUUUGAAAUGUCAGAUAAAUUUAGAAAUUUUUGUAUUGUGAGCUUUGUGAUAAAUAUAAUAAACGUUCGGAGUGUCAAGGUUUUAUUUAAAUCGUCUACUUAAGACACAAACAUUAAUAGAAUAAAAAUACAAACGAAA